UAGCAGAAUCCUGUCGCAUUUGAUUUCACGAAUAAGACCUGAACAGUUGUUGUUUAUACUUCACGUGGGUUUAGUUGAAAUGCCAGUUGAUACAAAACGUAUCCGUGGACCGGAGGAGUCGCAGUCCCCACUGCUCUUUCUUUCCCCAGGCAAACUUCCCGAGGCCAGCAGCAGACAAGGCGUCCGGGGGAAUGGGGACGUGCGGCCAUUAUUUCUUAAUUCCACAAGUAUUGCUGGUUAUGUAUGCAGGUCUGGUGCUGAUGAUGUACCUCCUCCUCCUCCAACAGAUUCUUCAGAUGAGAACAUUUACAGAAUCAACAUCACCCUAGACUCCCGAUGAUGGGGCUGCCACCUAGAGUACCUCGUAGCCUAGGAGGGGUUCGGCCCAGAGUAAAGAUCUUGGUUUGCCCAUGAUGACAGAGUAGUCCCAUCUCUGCUUCUUGAAUUCCUUACACUCCACCUACUCGUUUACAGUAACCAGAGGUCUGAUUACAUGCACCUGUCACAUCCAAUCAGCACAGACUAUAUAAACCACUCACCUCAGUUCACUGUUGUCUGGUCUCGGUGUUCCUACCUGAAUGCUACCCCACCACUUACUUGGAUGGACUUACCUUCUUCCAUCUGAUAUUCAUCUAGAUCCAACCUCAGAACCCGGCU